AUGCUAGGGAUUGUCGAUGAAAUACCGACGAUAGCUUCGGCUAAAGAAAGAUAUCGUUCGACUCCUGUUCCAUGCAAAUGUGAAAAGGGUGAUCGAGGUGAGCAAGGUGAUCCAGGCAUUUGUCCAGCAAAUUGCAUUACGAGUAAUAAUCCAGGUGCUAAAAAUUGUCUUGGUACUAAUAUACAGUUACAACAACUUGCUCAAUCGAUUCGUCAAUUAGUUCUUGAUACAAAACAAAUAGCUGGUCAAAAUGCUCGAACAGGUGCUUGUCUAUGUACGACACCAAUGCCAACAACAAGUACAACAUCUACAACAUUAAAUCCGUUUUUUCUUGACUAUAAUACGUAUGCUCGAUUGAAAGGAGAAAAAGGUGCCAGAGGUGACAAAGGUGAUGCUGGUACAUCUUGUACACCAAAUUACAAAUUAUCAACACAGUUAAAUGUACGAGUCUUUCCAACAUUAAAAGCAGCCAUGGAUGCAUAUUCUGAUUAUCCGGAUCAUACAUAUGUGCAUAUUGUUAACGAGCACGGCCGUUUGCAAAGUGUGCUGCUUCGAGUUCAACGAAGAUUAGUACCAGUCGGAUUAGACAUUGCACGUGCUAUUCCUGUACAAAGUCAAGCAUUACCAACAACAUUACCCAUAUCGAAACGGAAAUGUUCAGUUACACUUUCAUGUCCAACACUGCAUAUAUUUGCAUUGGGCCCUAGUACACGUAAAAUGUGCCAUCCAACUCAUCCAAAUACAUUUUGUUCGAAAUUAUCUGAAUAUGAUACUUUAUGUGAACGUGUUUCUAAGAGUAAUAAUUUAAAAGGUUUCUAUCGUGCAUUUAUGUCAACAAGUACACAAUGGUUAGCAAGUUUAUUUGAUGGUGUUUGUAUGAAUGCUAAAAUUAUUAAUAUGAAAGGAAAAGUUUUGUUUGAUACCUAUGAAAGCAUAUUCGAACAAAAGGCUCCCAAAAGUGAAAUUUUGGAUGCAAAAGGACUUACACCAAAAUUUCAAUAUUGGUGGCAUGGUAGUCUUCCUAAUGGUACAGCAUCGAGCGAUACAUGUAAUUAUGACAUCAAAUUUUUGUUUUUUUUGCUCAACUAG